GUAUAUGCGUACAUACAUGCAUAUACGUAUACAAAUCACCAAUGUAAAUAGUAUUCGAUAGUUUGACAGUUCUUGAUAUUUCAAAACUGUAAACAUUAUAGUUGUUGUUGUUAAUUUCUUUACGACUUUUAAAAUAAUAACAAAGAUAUAAAAUGUUGAGGUAUACAAUGCGUUUAAUCAUAUCAAAAAUUUUUUCUAUACUAUUGUUCGUCGAAUUCUUGCGACAUAGUAUCCAUAUAUAAAUGUGUUAAGUUCCGCUUAUGCGGUUCAGUCGAGUUUGCGUUUUCUUCUCUUUAUGUCAGAGCUAUACGAUAUAUAAAUAUAAAUAUAAAGUUUUAUCUAUAUAGAAUGUAAUUACAAAUGACCAGAAGUCUGAACAAUUGAACUGAGGAUUAUUUGCAAACAAAGGAAUAUCAACAUGUGGAAGCCUUUUGAAGCUGGAAGUUCUCCAGUAGAUUGGUGUGAGGGAAAUUAUAGUAUAUCGCCCAGUAUUGCAGAAUUCAUGAAUACGUUCAGCAAUGUAGUUUUUUUAUUACUUCCACCUGUACUCAUGCAUCUUUUUCGUGAUUAUGGAAGAUUUGUAAAUCCAGGAAUUCAUGUGAUAUGGUUUCUACUUAUGAUAGUAGGCUUGAGUAGUGCCUAUUUUCAUGCAACUUUAUCUUUAAUAGGUCAGCUUUUGGAUGAGUUAGCCAUAUUAUGGUUAUAUAUGGCAAGUUUUUGUAUGUUUCUCCCAAGAAGAUAUAUUCCAAAUAUUUUCCAAAAUGAUAGAAAACGUUUUUCAAUGUUUCUUACAUUUCCAACAUUAAUAGCUACUGGUUUAGCAUUAGUACAUCCAGCACUAAAUGCAUUUGCCUUAAUGAGUCUUGGUAUACCUGCAUUUGGUUUUAUGAUAAUAGAACUAAAAAGAACAACAUCAAUGAGGGUGUAUAGACUAGGUCUCCGUUGUGGUGCUGUAUGGGUAUUAGCUGUUACAUGUUGGUUAAAUGAUCGUUUAUUUUGCGAUACCUGGCUGAAUUUAAAUUUCCCAUAUCUUCAUGCUUUGUGGCAUUUAUUCAUUUUCAUAGCAAGUUAUACAGCAGCAGUACUCUUUGCUUAUUUUUCUGUCAAGGAAGAAAGACCACAACAAUCGCCUACACUUCGAUACUGGCCAAGAAAUGAUUUUGAACUUGGUAUACCAUAUGUGACGAUUAAAAGUUAUGUCAAAAUUGAUACAAACAGCAAUAUAUAAUUAAUAGAGAGUAUUAUAAAUACUUAUAAGGCUAUAAUGUACAUUUAUUACUAAUUUAGUAAAGUAGUAGUAGAUUAAAGAAUGAACUGCAACAAUGGUGUGUUUAACAAGAUAUUUUGUAUAUCUAUUUUAUAAAGAAUAUGUUCUUAUAUAUUUGAGCUAAAUGUAAGAUUGUUAUACUGAGCAGUAUAUAGGAGACAAUAUAUUUGUCAUUAUUGAAAUUA